UGAAACUGACGCCAUGCAUGCAAGCAAGCUGAGGUCAGGAGCAGCUGAGUUAGCGACUAAACCACAAGCCUCCUUCUCUAUCAAGGAACAGAGCAAAGAAGGAAAUCUAAUCCCCUCUGGAGGGGGGGGAGGAAUUGGUUAUUUUUAUCAACCUUUUUUUCCCCCCGGCAUUAUUUUUUCCUGUACUCUGAGUUAGGGCUCUUCCUGCGCCCCCGGCUCGUUAGCAGAAGGAUGGUGAAGGUCUUUUAGCCAACCUCACCAUGUUCAGCAAGAAAAAGAAACGCGUUGAGAUCUCUGCUCCCUCAAACUUUGAGCACCGGGUCCACACUGGGUAUGACCAACAAGAGCAGAAGUUCACUGGUCUGCCAAGGCAAUGGCAGGGCAUCAUCGAGGAGUCGGCAAAGAGACCCAAGCCACUGGUGGAUCCCGUGUUCAUCACGGCUAUUCAACAUGGCUCACAAAAGACCAUCGUGCGGGGAAACAAAACCGCCAAGGACGGCUCCCUGACCUGGCUGCUGGAUGAGUUUGAGAACAUGUCGGUGUCCCGCUCCAACUCGCUGCGCCGGGACAGUCCCCCCUUCCAGCCCCGCCGUGACCAGCUCUUCCAUGAGAACGGCCUCAAUGAGGGGCCGGCCAAAGCCCGGCCCCUCGAGGACAGGAAUAAGGACCACAAGGAGAGGAGUCGCCACGAAGCCAGGAACGAGCUGGAUCGGGACAGGGAGAGGAAACGGGACAGGGAGGAGACCCGGGCCCACCCACAGCAACCCCGAGGGCAGGAGCCCAGCGGCAAAUCCACCAAGCACUCUGGUGGCAGGCCGCCCCCUCCUGAGUACCACAAGCCCGCUAAGGAGGGCAGGCCCAGAGCCCAUGACCGGGAUGGGAGGCGGGACUACCCGGUGGAGAGGGACUACAGCGAGCCGGCCGACCGUGUGGUCAGGAGGGAUCGCCAUGACUCCUCCGACAAGAGACCCAAGUCCACGUACACCGGGGAGAAAAGCCCGCAAUCCCCGCGGGACAAACGCCCGCUCUCCGGGCCCAAUAUCCGGACUCCAAACAUCCCCGUCUCCGAAGGAGUGAUGAAGACAGCUCAGCAGACCGGCCGGCCUUUUAAUACGUAUCCACGAGCUGAGACUGACCCUGUCAGGGGCACAGGUUCUCAGGCAGAACCCAGGUCUGCGAGGCCCCAGGAAACGGCGUCCAAUGGGCCAGUAAGUGGGAGCAGUAGCUCCUCCAGGGUCCACCAGCCAGGCCAGCCGAGGUCCAAAAACCCAGAGCCGCCCCAGCCGGGACUCUCCCCGCACGCAUCAGAGCCCCACUUAACUCGCAUCCCCCAGUCAAACCCCCAGCCAUCUUAUUCCCAGCAGCCCCAGCCGCUUCCACCGCCUCCCCCCACCACAGUGUCCCAGCAGCCCCGCUCCCCACAGCGCGAGCCCCAGCGGGUCUCCCACGAACAGUUCCGAGCCGCCCUGCAGAUGGUGGUUGACCCGGGCGACCCCCGGACCUACCUGGACAACUUCAUUAAAAUCGGCGAAGGCUCCACGGGCAUCGUCUGCAUCGCCACGGUCAAGAGCACAGGGAAGCUGGUGGCUGUGAAGAAAAUGGACCUGCGGAAGCAGCAAAGACGUGAGCUGCUGUUUAAUGAGGUGGUGAUUAUGAGGGACUACCAGCACGAGAACGUGGUGGAGAUGUACAACAGCUACCUGGUGGGGGACGAGCUGUGGGUGGUGAUGGAGUUCCUCGAAGGCGGAGCUCUGACGGAUAUCGUAACGCACACCAGGAUGAACGAAGAGCAGAUCGCCGCCGUCUGCCUGGCUGUCCUGAAAGCACUUUCUGUCCUCCAUGCCCAAGGGGUGAUUCACCGAGACAUCAAGAGCGACUCCAUCCUGCUCACUCAUGAAGGCAAGGUGAAGCUCUCUGAUUUUGGGUUUUGCGCACAAGUGAACAAAGAGGUCCCACGGCGGAAGUCGCUGGUGGGAACCCCCUACUGGAUGGCACCAGAGCUCAUCUCCCGACUACCUUAUGGACCAGAGGUGGAUAUCUGGUCCCUCGGAGUGAUGGUGAUCGAAAUGGUGGAUGGAGAGCCCCCUUAUUUUAAUGAGCCCCCCUUAAAGGCAAUGAAGAUGAUCCGGGACAACCUGCCCCCCAAACUUAAAAAUGUGCACAAGGUUUCUCCUUCCCUCAAAGGAUUCCUGGACCGCUUGCUGGUGAGAGACCCGGUCCAGCGAGCCUCCGCCAGCGAACUCUUGAAACACCCCUUCCUGGCGAAGGCUGGGCCUCCCUCCAGCAUCGUGCCGCUCAUGCGGCAGAACCGGAUGAGAUGAGAGUGCCGGCUGCACGAGAGAGAGAGAGAGGGACGCACACGCCGUCUAACCGCUCCCCACGUGGCCACCCGAAGCAGCCACGUCCCUGCCUCGUCCCCUGGCCCUCCGUUCUCCAGGGCGCUGCUGCCGUUCCCUUUGGCCGCCGCGGCAGGGACGGCGGCUCCCAACGGCCAGAUCAGCAGCAGGAGCGUUCGGCUCUCUCGGUCCCUCCGGGUUCCCCGGCGGCGUCCCAUCCGCUGCGGGGCCAGCGGUUCCGCUAACUGGAUUUACAACCGUGCCACUACUGUGAUGACCGGCAGGAGUUCUCCUGCCUGUCGCACCAUACUGCUGAGUCGGGAGGGGGGUGGGGGGGGCCAGCUGGGGCGGGGGGGUUUAAUGACUUUAAAAUUUCUGAUCAAAAUGGUAGUUUUUACACACACACACAAAGACAAGGCGGGUCCGGGAGCGACAGACACUAAGCAACUCAACACUGGAACUUCCAGCCACGUCUAGAAGCAGCUUUGCCUGUCCCUCUGUGGCUGCGGGCUCAGUCUUCCCCGGGCCGGGACAGGAGCGGUCGGAGUAGGUAGGAGCAGUUUUGUUUAGCUCCGGAGCAUUUGGGUUUUUUCGGUAGGGUGGCAGCCAACGGCAGGGCAUCCUCCCCAGCACCUGGGUCCUCCUGGCAGGAGCAGCUGCCUCCAGGCGCAGCAAACGACUCCUGUUGCUGGGUUGUUGACAACCCAAAUCUCCCCCUGCCAGCUCCACCCCCGCUGCGUGACUGCUGAGAUCAGCCCAGCCCCUCUGCCUGCUAGGAUCGGGGUCUCCACCACACCGUCCCGCGCAGGAACCUAAAGCCUGUUUUCUGCAGGGUCUCCUUGAUGCUGCCCCCGUGCUCGUUCUGCGUUGUCUAGACACGUGCUGCUGCUCAGUCUUCGGGAUUGGGUGAGCAGAGACCUGGCCUCUUUGCUUCACAGGUUCCUUUGCAUCCAAGUCGCCCAAAGUGCCUGGCUCACCCGUCCCCCAGGGGCUCCAAAACGCAAUCCACUCCAGCCCCCUGUGGCUAGAAUGCAGAAGACUUAGGGGGGAGAGACUCUGGUAUCCCAGCAUGCAGCACCGCUUCUUGAUCUGUGCAGCCUUGCAUGCUGGGAUACCUGGAGUCCCUGCAGUGCAGGGCUGCUGUACCAUAACAGGGGGACAGGCGCGUGUCGGGGAGGGAGGUUCCCAAGGCUCCCGGCCUGUUGCCUUCAGUUUUGGGCAGCCUAUGGGGUCAGAGGAAUAAAGGCCCCAGUGGCCUACGGGGGAGCAGGGGUGCUGAAGCUCUCUGGAGUUGUCUAGGCUUAGGGGCUUGUUGGAUCAUCUGUGAGAGAUCCUGCCAGAGGGGACUCCCCUUCCCCGGCAGGAUCUUCCCCCUCUGCGCAGCCCAUGGGCCCAGUUCAGCGUAGGGAGGAGGUGACAGGGUCUGGUCGUGGGUGUGGGAAGGGAGCUCAGCACCGGUCGGGGGGUGGCCUCCUCUCGGAGCUCAGGGGCUGGACUGAGCUGUGAUCUCUGACGCCACCAGGAAAGGGGGGCGGAUUCCCUACCCCUGAGAGAGAGACUUCUGUCCGAGGCUGGCAGCUGCGUCCGCAAAGCAGCCCGCUCUGCGAUCGGGGGAGGUCGGUGCUAUAACACGGGUCCAAAGGAAGAAUUGCCCCGAACUGGGCCAACGUUUUGUUGCUUCUACUUUCCAUUCUGCCAGGGAGGGGCUGCUCGGGGGGGGGUCCCGCAUGCAGAAACUGAGCCAUUUGGAGGAGGAUUCCUCCCCCCCUUUGCGCCGUGCAAUGAACAUGCAUGCUGUACCGCACAACCUCCCCUGCAUGCUUUCUGGGGUGUGGGAGGGGCACAGGGAUGGUCUUUCUUUACAUGCUUUUAGCUACUUCAGUUAGAGUUCGCUGCCUUUUUUUUUUCUCUGCGGGAGCCCCCCUCGUGCAGCAGGAGUGGGCUGGUUACAGACACAAGGGGAUUGUUUGCGGUUAUUUUAUCUGGUUUGCCUGGCCACUGGAUUCUUGUCUGCAGAACUGCACAUCAGUCGUGCUUCUUGUUACAACAGAGAGAACUACAGGGCAACCUGCCUCUAGAGACUGACAGGGGCAAGGGGGGCGGAAACUGGGUCCAGUUAGGUAUUUUUAUGUGCUGGACCUAACUCUUCCCUGGGUGGCAAUCGGGAAUUGGCUCCACUGGGGUGCAAGCGAUGGGCAGAGCAGAAGUUGGUCCAGUUAGGAGCCAGCCACGGGCCUGUUGAAAGUUGGCUAAUGCGUAAGAUCUUCUAGAGCACUCCACGCUGGCUGAAUUCUGCUCUUACUGAUCCAGUGUCUUACCGGGGAUUUUAGGGAGAGCAGGAUUGAGCCAGUGCUGCGUGCUCAGUUGUCCGAAUUCGUGACACGUUAUGGCUGCGUAGGGUGACCGGGAAGGUCUAUUUCAUGCUCUUUUUCUAUUAGGCCUUAGCCUUAGCGUUUUUAAACAUAAACUAGAUCACUAAAACACCCUUGAAGUGCCGGACAGCAUGACCAGGAUGUGUGUAUUCAUAGCCACCCACGAUUGACCAUGAUGCAAAGCUCUCUGUCACCCAAACGCAGCGCUACACCCAGACGUGUUUACGGUGUGGGGGUGGGUCUUGUUCAGUACAGCCCCUCGGGCACUGUGCUGUACCUAGGCCCUCCCUUCUCAGCCCAAGCCCUUUGUCUAACUCCUGGCUGGGCUCCUGCAGUUUUUCUCAGCUCUUGACACAUCAUUAUUUAACCUUCUGCCCUUUCUCAGCCCGCUUAAAUUUCAGCAAAGCCUGUGGGUGUGAGACUGUCCCGUGCUGUACAGUACACCCGGCCUUGCAGCUUCUCACACCCAUGUUCUGUUCUGACAUAAACCACAUCAGCCUGCUCUGAAUUCCUCCUCCGCCUCGUAACCCAUCCCCUGAUCUCCCCAUACGGGAAAGUUUUUAACCAACAUUUAUUUUCUUUGGGGUUUCAGCUCAAUUACACAGACCUUCUCCGGUCUCUUACUUCACCCAGUCAUGGUGUGUUACUGGGUACCCUCUGAGCCCCAUCCUCUACUGUUCAGACCCCCGAACCUCUCCCUGAGCUUCUCGGGGAGCACACGAGCUGGGGCGGACUCUUUACGGCUCACGGAUUGGAGCAGAAGGGCUUUGUGGGUCACUUGGCAAUGGCGGCUGAGCCCCCAGCCUGCCACUCAACAUGCCUCUGGGCUGGCUCAGGAUCCGGGGUCUCCUUUAAGCAAAUGGGACCUGGGGCGUGGGGUCGAGCGUUCCCAGGGGGCACAGGGAGCGGGGGAAGGCAUUAUCCUUCCACUGGCAUGAGCAUUAUUCCCAGCUGAUGCCACUGUAGCAGCAUCUGCUCCAAGUCCCCAGCUGGUGAAAUCAGCCUCACGCCCAGGGCCCGCUCCUCAGCUGCUGUCGAUCCCUGCGGCCCCAUUGCAGGCUGCAGCUCGGCCAAUUUACACCGUUCGCUCGCCGCUUCUCCGGGCGACCCCUGGCGCUGGGCUGCUUCGCCCCCGGCCGAAGAGCUGCUUCCCCUUUCCUGAAUCGCUCGCUCCCCGGGCACCUGCUGCUGUGGGGGAAACCCCGGCGGCGGUGGUUUGCUCACUGGAUGACCGGGCGGUCCUGCUUCCCCCCCGCUACAUCAUCACACGCCAACGGUGGGCUUGUGACAAUCGGCACAGGCUGGUCCGCUGCGGUGUAAGACACUAGCUUCCCCCCCCCUACAUCCCAACUUCCACAGUAAGCUGCUUAGGGCUGCAAUCCUCUCAGAGCCUGGGGCGGGGGGGGUGGCCUGGCAAGGCAGCUCAAAGGCGAUGCAAAGAACUGAUGAACUCUGUCGAGAAACAACUACUGAUUUGUUUUCUUGUUACUACUUUUUUUUUAAAGAAGCUAUUUAUAUUGUCAUUUUGUAACACUACAGUAUUCCUGAUUGGGGGGUGGGGGGGCCUGAUUCAGCCAGGGACUGACUUGUAUAAAAAAAAGGAAUUGGAUCUUGUGCUGUGAGUUUGGGGUUUGGGGGCUUUUUUUGUGGGCCUCAGCCAGGCAAAACUUUUCGAACAGUUUUGAGGUUAGUGUGACAAUUACAGGCUUUCUUUUUUGGGAGGAAAACGAAA